CAGACUAUUGGAGUGUGUGUGUGUGUGUGUGUACCAUAUAAAAAGGGGCUUAUAUGGUAAGGCUAACACACACCCUAUGUCUGGUUUUUUUGUUUGUGGGUUAGGGAAAAUCAUCGUCUAGUCUAAUAUUAUUUUUUCGCACACACCAAUUUUUGUACAUGAUACAUUUUAAUCCCAUUGAAACAAAAUUUGCCCGCCAGAAAUGUUUGUGAAUUAAAAUUUGAAUUUUUGCGCCAUUGUUGUUUGACAAUCUUUUUAACAGACGCUACUUAAAAAGCUCUUGUUACACACACACACACUUGUUUUUUAAGGCCAAUAUAACAAGUGUCAUUCGAACGACCCUUGGAAUGACGUCACGUCAAAUUUUAUGGACAUAUUUUUUAAUUUCUAGAAAAUCUUGGCGAGUUGGGAAGGUCAAAGGGGAGUGAAAGAUAACUUGUGGGUGGUGAAGAGGAUGGGUCUGAAAAAAUGGGAUUACUUUUUUAGUUGUUUUCCCCCCUUUAGGUACUGGAAACAUUUAACCUGAGGGGGGGGGGGGGGUGAUGGGGUGAAAAAUUAUUGCAAUCGAGAAAAAUCAUUUCUAGAAGAUUCCUUGAUUUUUCUUCCAAUUUUUCCCUCCAAAAUAUUUUUCUGACAUACUUUUGCGUUAUAUUUUAAUUUCCAUUUGAUUAUUGCCGGUUUUUAUUCCGCAUUUUAGUGCAACCAUUUCCCUACGCGCAACUCAUGCCGGCUAGUGGGCACUUUAACGGGACCGGUUAGUCAUUUUCGCUGAAAGUAAUCAUUGAUAAGACUUGAUUGACUCAUUAAAAGAUGAUUCACCUCAUGAAAAUGCAUUGAAUGAAAUAUUUCAAUAAUGACAGUUGCGAGAAAUGCCCAAGAAAAUUGAAAUUAUUGUUGGCAAGGAUCUAGAUUUCUCGUAGUAGUAGUGUGCGGAGCGAUACAAAAACGAUCCGCCCUAAAGGCAUCGAACACCCACCCACCCCCUACUACUAGCCUCCUCCCCCCUCUUUUGAAAGGGCCUCUCUCUCGCUUCUUAGACAGCCGUUCGAAUCCUUUUUGAUGCCAGUCACAGGGUGGAUGUCGAGUCGGUAACAUUGUCUCUCUCCAACUCGCUCUGAAACGUCCCUUUCAACUAUUCGAAACGAUUCGAUUAAUUCUGUUCCCGGCCAAUACCCAUUACUCUGUCUGAUCAAUUUUUCAUCACGACGAAACAAAUAAGUGCACAAUUCAAACGGAUUAUCCAACUUGUUUAUUCGACUUUUUUUUUAAACACCGAAUGUCACGGACGUGCGAGUGUGUUGUUGGUCCGUGAUUUUGUGUUGAAGAGUGUUGACAAGUUUUCUACCCAAAACACUUGAAAGAUUAAAAGAAACAAUUUGUGAAAUGGCAGCCAUCAGUUUUUCAUCGAUGAUGUGUGAACCGUUUUCUUUCGGUCACAACGAUCCGCUCUUUUCGUCCACCGGCAUCAUGACAUGUUCCGAUCUCCAGUUUGACAUGCCCACGCCGCCCGUCUCUCCGACUCGCAGCAAUGACAUCGACAUUAAAGUUGAAACAACAACGACGACAGCCAUCGAGGAAGAUCUCGACCUCGGAUUGGGCGAAUUGAUUAACGGAAUUGACUUUCUGGACGGAUUCGAUCCAGAUUCUUGGCUAAACGAUUUACAAACUGAUGCUGUCGUGCCCGAAAUUCUCCUCUCCGAUAACAAUAAUACGAAAUGUGAUGUCAACGAAUUGAGACACGAUUGCAUGUGGGCUGGACAUUGCCCAGCUGAAGAGCAUCGCGGCAAGAAAGACCUAGUCCAGCUGCCUUGUUUGUUGUCAUCUAGCCCUCCUGAAUCGACCGUUUUAUCCUUGGCCAGUUGCUUACCCUGCGUAUUGCCCGUUGUCGGUGGUAGCCGAACCCGACUGGAUACAUUGGGAUCCAUCAGACCUGAAACGCCACUCUCCCUGUCUGAUUCUGAGCUGGACGCCGAUCAGUUGACCAGCGAUGAAGGAAGUAACAACAACAAAGGUCGCCAUUCUUCUUCUUCAUCGUCUUCCUCCUCCUCAUCAUCAUCUUCUGGCGAUGAAUCCGAGUCUGAUGAAGAUCGACCCAUCACCCAUUAUCAGGCCACUCUACCGCCCAAUAUUCAUCCGGUGCGGAGUCAUCAGAUCCGUAAAAUCAACAACAAAUCUCUGGUCAAGAUGGUGGUGUCGCCAUCGCUCAUUACCGAUCACAGUUACAGUCACAGCGAUCAUUCUUACCACACUCAAAGGAGACCGGCCAUGCCCGAUCAUCACAUGGCCAUUCCCUUCGACCUUGGUGCACCGACACCUUCCGAUUCCGAAGAAGAAAUUGAUGUCGUCUCGUUGGGUGAGGUGUUGCGGAUGAAUCCGUCAGCUGCCGUUUCUUCCAUGACCACAACAUCAUCGCAUGGCAAGUCAUCGACAACGACGUCGCUCACCACUAACCUAACCACGACGACGUUGACCAGCAGCAGCACCUCGGUCGCUCCGCUACGACUCAAACUGAAAGUUGCACCUGCUGCUGCUGGUAACGGCCAAGUUUUGAUGCGCAAAGCUCUUCCGUCGCAUCCGUCCGCCUUGGUUAGACAGCAGCUCCAAUUGGCUGUGGCGUCUGCUGCUCAACAGCGCAAGCAUUCAGAGUCGUCAAAGAAAUCCUCUGGUGAAAUCAAGUUGAAGAGCAACAGCCACCACAGCAGCGAGCGGAGCAGCAGUAGCAAUAGUAGCAACAGCAGUAAAAGACCGCGGUCUUCCGGCAGCGGCGAAAGCGGUUCCAGUUCCCCGCGGAAACGUUGCUCCCGGGCGGCUAGCGAUUCGGAAGACAGCUGCGAAAAACGCUCCCAGCACAAUUCGAUGGAGCGUCAACGAAGAGUCGAUCUGCGUAACGCUUUCGAAUUUCUUCGAUCGCUCAUUCCUGACCUGGAAGCGACGGAUCGAGCGGCUAAAGUCGUCAUUUUGAAAAAAGCCGCCAACUUUUGUCAAGGUUUGACCAAUAGGGAAAAACAAUUUGUCGCCGAUAAAGACGCCCUGCAAAAACGUCAAGAAAUGCUCCGCAAGAGAUUGGCACUGCUUCAGCGCCGGCGCUAAAA